GCGGGAGAAAGAGAGCGAGAGCGAGAGCUGGAGAGAGGGCCAGGUAUAUAUAGACGCGAGGCCCUGCUGAACCACAUCACUCGUAACGAUGAAGCUCCUGGUUGUCGCGUCAGCGCUGCUGGCAGUCGCUACUGCCGAGCAAGGUUAUGGUGGCGGAGCGUCCUCUGGCGUAAGCUUCUCCCAUGGCGGCGGCGGCGGAGGAGGAGGCGGCGGCGGCUACGGCAGUGGAGGUGGAGGUGGCGGUGGCUUUGGCGGUGACUUUGGCGGUGGGUUUGGCGGUGGCUUUGGAGGAGGCUUUGGAGGCGGCUAUGGCGGUGGUGGAAGCUGUGGUGGAGGCCAAGUGCGUCACGUUGACGGCAGCUGCGUCACGCCCCAGGUCACCCGCAACCUGUACGUCUACCGCGCCCCAGAUCUUGCGCCCAUCGUGGGGCCGCGCCCUCCAGUGCCUCCUCCCCGCCUGGAGCACAACAUUGUGUUCAUCCACACUCCUGAGAGCCUCAUCAACCAGCAGCCUGUCGUGGUGCCUCCCCCCCAGCAGAAGAACGUGGUGUACCUGCUGAGCAAGCGGCCUCAGCAGGAUCAGCAGCUUAUCCACGUGCCGGCACCCGAGCAGGAGGCACCAGAGAUCUUCUUUGUCAACUACGCCGAAGGAGAGAACCCGUCCCUGCCCACCGGCGGCGACCUGCUCUCUGCCCUCAGCAAGGCCUCGCAGGGCAGCGGCGAGGUUGUCCAUGGCGGCAGCGGCGGUGGCUUCGGCGGUGGCUUUGGCGGCGGUUUUGGCGGCGGCAGUGGUGGUGGUUUCGGCGGCGGCAGUGGUGGUGGUUUCGGCGGCGGCUCUGGUGGCUAUGGCGGCAGUGUCUCCACUCCCUCCAACCUGUACACCACCCCCUAAGCUCCUACCGGCGUCGCGCCCAGCGCCACGCACGUCACAAGCGGCUAUGGUCCCUGGCUGGCUGCGCCUUUCCCCCUCCCCCCACCCUGCAAAUAUCUUCAUCCACAUUGUAUUUUUGUACUCGCUCCAAGGAAGAAUGGAAUCACUUGUUUAGUUUU